AUGUAUCGUCAAGGUCGCGGUGCGGUACGCUUAGUCUCACGUGUUUUUUGGGUUGGUUUGUCACCCAGCUUGGGGUGCUGUUACAAAAUGGGCGAGGUUGCUUCCAAUUCACUUCCGUGCAACACAGCUCGUGAAGGCAAAGCGAAUGUUUUGCUUCCCGUUGGAGUUUUCUACAAUCGCGUCCAACAAUUCAAUAGGGAUAUUACAGUUGCUGUUAUCAAGCAUUUCCAAUUGCUGCAUCAGUAUGAAUGGGUUCAACGGGUAAAGAAGAAAAUUGGAGAUGGUAAAUCUGAGGUAUCUCCGGUAUAUCAAGGACUGCAUAUUCUUGAAGCUCUUUCGGCUUCGGGUAUUAGGUCGGUUCGCUUUGCUCUUGAAGUGCCCAGGGUGAAGAAAAUUAUUGCGAACGACCUGGAUCAAAAAGCCGCACAGCUCAUUGCGGAGAACCUAACAAGGAACGAAGUUGAAGGACACGCAGAUGUGACGUUACACAUCUUUGUAUAUGCACAUAUGCUAUGUAUUACCCACUUCAUCCGUUUAACUGCGGACGUAAUCCCCGUAAGACGUUUACACAGCGCGGUUUUUCGUCGGAAUAUCGCUCUCGCGUUUUCCCACAAUGGUAAAUUAAAAUCCCUCACCCGACCAGCAAUAACGCCUUUGCGCGUUAUUCUACGAAACUCAAGAAACGGCCCUUGUUAUUUCUACUUAGAAUUACUAAUCUAA